AUGCCCUCGAAGAUGAAAAGCCAUCGGGGCGUCAGGAGAUCAUCGCGUUUGGUUUCCAAGCAUGUAAACACCCUCGGCACAUCCCGAAAUCGGCUCGAAGAUACUACUGUACAGUCUGAAGAUACUAUUAGAGACGUCAGUCAUGGUAAUCGACGUCGACGUCGCGAUUGUCGCCGGAUCCUCAGAUGGGGAGAUCAACAACAAGAACAAGAGGAUAGAGCAUUAAUUGCAGCACAGAGUACUGGCAUGCGGUUGCGCUCAGGCCAAAUCAAACCCGUAUAUAUUGAACAAGUAAAAAGGGAAAAAUCGUCACUGAAAAGGAAGAUGAAAUCUCAUGUCACUCAGACAAUCCCUUACCGAAUCCAACACAUACAAGACCAGCAUCCUGUCAGCAUCGAAGUCCAGCGUGCCAAUUCCUGGAGCAAAGACGACAAAUCUAUAAAUAUUUACAUAACGGACGACGGGCUGACCCUUCAUCGCCGUCCAGUAAGUCAGUCGACAGACUCAAUAAGAGGCGCAGUCGGUUAUACCUGCGGCGUUCACCUCUGGGAGGUUACUUGGCUGGCAACUCAGCGAGGAACGCACGCUUGUGUUGGCGUCGCUACAAAAUCUGCCCCACUCCGCGCUGCUGGUUAUCAAGCCCUGGUUGGCGGAAACGACGAAUCCUGGGGCUGGGAUCUAGGACGAAAUAUACUGCUGCACAAUGACCAGCAGCGCACCCCCGUUGGCCUCAUUUCAAGUCCCAACGUCAACAACAACUACCAUUCAUACCCAAAGAUAGACGAAUCCGAAUUGACUUACACCGUACCCGAUUCGUUCUACAUGGCUCUGGAUAUGGAUGCUGGUAAAUUAGGAUUCAUUGCUGAUGGUCAGUGGCUCGGCUGGGCCUUCGAAGGACUUUCCGGAAGGGAGAUCUUCCCGACCGUCUCGUGCGUUUGGGGACACUGCGAAGUGACUCUCAAGUAUAUAAAUUAUUCCCGCGCUCCACUUACUCUCAAGGAGCUCGCUCGACGAAGUGUCCGUCUUUCACUACCAUCCACUGAGAAUUCAGUCGUCUCCAAACUUGUAGUUCCGCGCAGCCUCCACCGUUACCUGCAAAACGAUGGCCUCAAGCAAAGUAAAAACCGCCCGCCGAAGCAGUGUGCCAAACGGCCACGGCUCGAGGAGGACGCUCCCUCCUCUCCGGUGCUUUAUCGCUUGUCACCUUACAGCGAAACGGGCUUCAGUCGAAUUGACCACAAUGCCGGACAGUUCAGCCAAUAG